CCCAUUUCAUUUGAAGUUUGAUCUAGUUCGCGGUCACACAUAUCUUCGUGAUAAAAAAAUAUAAAUGUCAAAGUUGGUGCUAUACGGCAUGGACAUUAGUCCUCCGGUUCACGCUUGUCUUUUGACACUGCGUGCUCUGGAAUUGGAAUUUGAAUACAUUGAAGUUAAUCUUGCCGCUGGAGAGCAGAAUAACGAGGAGUUUCUAAAGAAGAAUCCACAACACACUGUGCCUCUUCUUGAUGACGACGGGACCUUAAUUUGGGACUCCCAUGCCAUUUGCAGCUAUCUUGUGGACAAGUUUGGCCAAUCUGACGAACUCUAUCCCAAGGAUUUGGUUAAACGAGCGCAUGUGCAACAGCGUUUGUACUUUGACGCCAGCGUGCUCUUCAUGCCCUUGAAAAACAUUUGUGGUCCAUUCUUUUAUAAGAACGUGACCACAGUGCCACAAGAGAAGAUUGACAACAUCAGAGAUGGUUACAAUCAUUUGGAGACUUUUCUGGGAGAAAAUCUGUAUGUAACUGGUGAUGCCCUGACUAUCGCCGAUUUCUGCUGUGCGGCUACAGCCUCAUCUCUGCCGGCCUUCCUAGAAAUUAAUCCCGAGACGUAUCCGAAAAUUACCGCCUGGCUGGCUCGCCUUAGUGAACUGCCUUACUAUCAGGAGUCCAAUGCCAAUGGUGUCGACAAGUACAUUAGCAUCUUCAAGGACGCAUUGACUAUUGUGUGAUAGUAAAUUAACUGGCAUGCCUACUUUAAUUGACAUAUGUAUAAUUAUUUAACUACAAGUACAUUGUUUUAAUGGCAGUUAUAAUUAUUUUUAAAUAUACGUUUAUCGAUAACA